AAACAUAGCUAAAUGUUGUUUGGUUAAGAGUUUAAGCUUUUAGAUGCUCUUUCUUGGCUUAAAAUCAUCACUCUCAUUCCCUUUUUUUAUAACUAAAUAAUCACUCCAAUUUGAGCUUAACUUUUCCAUGAUAACUAAACUUUUAGACCACAUUUGUGAUUCUCAUUCCACCUAACACCUAAGCCACUGUGGUCCAUAUUUGUGAAAACAAAAACCCCAUUUCUUAAGAACAAGUAUUACCAACAAUUGUAAAUUUGUUUCAAUUUGAAUUAUAAUACCACAAAGGUUGUUGAAUUCAAUCAUUCUUGUUCUUCCUGACUUCACCACUAAAUAACUGUCACAAGUCACAACUCACUAGUAACAAACAUGUCACAAGCAAGCAUGUCCUCAGAAUCAGAUGGUGGCAACAUAGAACUUGGUGCUAGUUUACUACUUGCUACUACUACUACUACUAGCAGCAGCAAAUACAAUAAGAUAUGGCAUAGAAGCAAGAUACUACUAUACAUAAAAGUCAUUAUCUCCUUGAGGAAGGAUACAACUUCUAGUGACAAUUAUGAAGAAUCUCUUCCACCAUCACCACUACCAAACACUUCAUUACUUCCUAGUUCUCCUGCUAGAACAUCCUCUGCCAAAUCAUUUGUUGGAAUCGAUAUACCUUCUCAUACUCAAGAGGGGUAUAUUGCUGAAAUUGUGAAGAAGAAGGACUUAAUAUCUCUUCUUAAGUUUGGUGGGGUUGAUCGCGUUUGUGAAAUUCUACAUGGUCAAACUCAUCACCCAUUAGAGAUCACUGGGAACCUUGGAACAAGCUUCUCUAGCAUUUUAUGGAAUAGCUGCAAACACAAUCGUUACACAAUUUCAAUGAUGUUGAUUUCGGCCUCAUUGUCCUUUGCCACGGAACUCAAGCAGGAGGGACCGAAAUAUGGUUGGCAUGAUGGUGUUGCUAUGGUUUUUUUUGUUUUACUUCUGCUCGCAUUCUCUUCAAUAACUAACUUUUGGUGCGAACGAAAAAUGGUGAAAUUGGCAAAGAGAAAAGGCCAGGAGGUGAAGUUCAAUGUUAAAAGAGGUGAACAUGAUCUUGUUCUUCCCGUAUACGAUAUUGUUGUGGGUGACAUCGUGUGUUUGAGUCCCCGUGAUGAGGUUCCUGCUGAUGGUUUGCUUGUGAGUGGCGACGUCCUUGUGCUGGAUGAUGGAAUACAAAAUGAAAAAAUUGAUUGUAGGGAGAACCCAUUUCUUAUAGCUGGUUCAAAGGUGAUUGAGGGUCAUGGACAGAUGGUUGUGACAUCAGUUGAAAACAAGCUGAAUGUGGCUGAGAUGAAAGGCUCAAUGAAUUGUAAUUUUGAAAAGAAAGGCCUUUUGUACAGUCUAAUUGAGAAGCCAAUUUCUAACCUUGACAAAGCCUCUCUUUUGAUCUUUACACUCGUUUCAUUUGUAUUGUUCAUUCGCCUAAUUUGUAAAAAAGAUGGAGAUGGUGGCGGAUUGCCGGAUAUUAAAGGGAAUAAUGUUUCAAUUGGCCUGUUGGCGCAACUCCUUGAGAACAUUUUUUUGAGACCACGAGGAAAUAUUUCCAUUUUAGCAGGACUCUUUAGUGUUGUAAUGUUGUGUGUACAACAUGGAGUGCCACUUAUGGUUACUUUAUCUCUCCAUUACCAGAAUGAUAAAGUAUUGGUUAAUCAAGAAGUUGUUCUUAAUGAUUUGUCAGGUUGUACAACAAUGGGGUUGGUAACUGUUAUCUGCAUUGAUGUAUCUGGUGGGAUCAUAUCAAAACCAAUGGAGGUUAGCAAAAUCUGGGUGGGAGAGGGGGAGAGAGAUAUGAGCAAGGUUGAGGAAUCAGAAACAUGUCUUGUACUUGACAAGCUUAAACAAGGACUUGGUUUAUCAGUUCUUGCACCAGGACUAUCUCCUUCUCCUGUGUCCAAUUCACUUGUUUCGUGGGCAGAAAAAACAUGGAAAAUGGACAUUUUAUCUUUCAGAGAAGAUUUUCACAUUCUUAAGCAUAGCAAACUGGAUUCUGACCAAGAGGGUAGUGGAGUUUUGGCAAGAAACGUUAGGGUCGAUGAACAAAUUAUGCACAUGCACUGGAGCGGGGAUGCACCCACGAUAUUGGAAAUGUGUUCACAAUACUAUGAUAGUGAAGGAGCAUGUCAUUCCAUAGGAAAUCAGAAACUUAAAUUUAGGCAGGCGAUUCAAAAGAUGGAGGAUAAUGGCCUUAAGUCAAUUGCAUUUGCUUGUAGAGAAACACAAGUGCAACAACUGGAGCAAGAUGAAUUGACCUUGUUAGCACUGGUAGGUCUCGAAUUCAAGUGUCAAGAAUCAACAAAAUUAGCUUUGCAAAAUCUCAAGAAUAAUGGAAUAGAAAUCAAAUUGGUCUCGGAGGAUGACAUCAUGGUAGUGAAAGACAUGGCUUGUGAACUGAGAAUAGAAGUGCCGGUAAACAGUCACCUUGAAGGAAAAGAGCUUCAAGAUUUGAAUGCCAAAGAAAGAUUAGUUAAAGUGGAACAAGCCAUUGCAAUGGGAAGUUUCAGUCCUAAAGACAAGCAUCUCAUGGUUAGGUGUUUGCAAGACAAAGGUGAUGUGGUUGCAUUCAUUGACCAAGAAAGGUUGAUGACCAAUCAUAAUUCAGAAGUUCUAAAGCUAGCUGAUGUAGGGAUAGUUCAUAACUCUCUAAGAAGAACAAUUGAUGGUAGAGAGAAAUCUGGUAUAACUAUCACAUGUUUCGGUGCACUGGUACCAAUCAUUAAGGCUGGCAGAAGUAAAUAUCACAGCAUUCAAAAGUUCAUUCAACUUCAGAUGACAGUUGGUAUAUCAGGGUUACUCAUAACCUUGAUUACAAUAAUAUUCACAGGAAACUCUCCCUUAACAGCAAUCCAAUUGAUUUGGGUGAACAUGCUAAUGUGUAUUCUGGGCGGUCUAAUGAUGGUGAUGGAAUUAAGUAGUGAGGAUGAACAAAAACAACCAUCUGGUAGGAAUCAACCAAUUAUAACCAAGAAAAUAUGGAAAAACAUAGUUUUUCAGGUUUUCUAUCAAGCUUCUGCAUGUAUGAUACUUGAGUUCGGGGGACACGUAACUGACAGUGAAAAGCAAGUAAGGAAAAUCAUGAUCUUCAAUACAUUCUUUCUAUGCCAGCUCUUCAAUCUGCUCAAUAUCAUGGGUUUCUUGAAAGCAGAUAUUUUCAAGAUUGAUGUUCAGAAGUCCUGUUUCUUAGUGGCUUUAGGUGGUUGUGUUGUUAUGCAGGUUGUGGUAAUUGAGUAUGCAAAAGGCUUAGCAGAUUGCAUGCGGCUGAAUGCCGCUCGAUGGGCUAUCUGUGUACUGGUCAGUGCUGUUCCAUGGGUACUUGAAUGGACCUUGAAGAAGAUUUUUUCGGUUUUUUUCAGCACCAAUUAUAGUUCACCCUUGGACUCUCCAGAGUCAACCCCACAACCUUUGUUCUAUCUUUAUUGGGGGCUUCCAUUUAUGAUGCUUCUUUUGUUCCCUUUUUUUUGAACAAGCCAAAAUGCUUCUUUUGUUCCCUAUAGGACUAGCAGGUAUGACAUUUCAUUGAUAGUUAGUUGCAGGUCAUCUUUAUGUAAAAUAGUGUAGGAUGAGUUCACACUGCUACCAAUGUUGCUAGACAAACGAAAUAUAUCCAUUCAACUCUAAAAUAUAUUAAACAAACUAUAUAUAUCCUGUCAUCAUAAUAGCAAAUUUUCUUUCUAUAAUUCAUAACUUGACUAAAAAGUUAUCAUUGUUAUAUCUUUUCAAUAAAUCAUCCUAACUCUAGUUUUAAAAAGGAAUGCCAAAAUGGUUAAUAGACUUCCUUUAUCCUAGAGACUACAUACAUAAAAAUAAGAAAAAGUUUUCUUUUACCAUCUAUAAUUCUUAAAAAUUGUUUUCAUCUAGCUUUAUCCAUCUGGACAGAAAAACACAGUUUUCUUCUAAAUUUGUCUAUUUAGACUCAGAAUAAACUGUGUAUUUUCUAAUCCGAAUUGAUAAAUCUAGAGAAAUGUAUAGCUAUCUAGCUUUUUUUCCUACAUUAUGUCACUAUUUUCUAUGCAUGUAAUUGCUUUGAGUAAAUGCUCCUCGUUAAUAGGCUUGGUUAUGUGAAAGUCCAUUCCAGUUUCUGUGGUCAAUUUAUCAAUUUCAGCAGAUAAUGCAAUGAUAGGAAUGUGAAGGCCACAUCUUUUCCCCAUCUCUCUUAUCUUCCUUGUUGCCUCAAACCCAUCCAUCUCUGGCAUCUGUUCAAUUCAUCAUAUGAAUAAUGAGAAAAAAAAGAGAGAAGAAAAACAUGUAUGUAUAAGUGAGAAUAAUAUCUUAUUAUUAUGAUGACCAAGCAAAUAUUAACCAUUAAAGUUUAAUGUAUCUUGAAAACAAAAUUAUUUAGGUCAUAUAAUAGUUAUUUAAAAGGAGACUAGGAGAAGAACAUUCAAGUCAUAAUCUAAUUAAAUAGAGCACAAAAUGAAAUGAAAUUCAAUCAAAUAAAAAAUAGGCAUACAAAGUAGCAAGUGUCAAGUAAAAAUAAGAAGAAA